GAGCUAAUACUUACCUUUCUGUCCAAAAAUGGAGAAUGAGAGAGAAGAAAUGGAAUCUACUAAUGGUAAGAGCAAAAGGGUAUGCGUUAGAGUCGAAAACGACGCCGUUUGCGCCACCGGAGGUAGGUGGGAUGAGUUAAGCCCGGAGUUAUUAGCUUCAAUUUUCGUAAGGAUUGUUCCGCCGGAGCUGAUGGUGAAGUCAGUGGCCUUAGUUUGCCGGAAUUGGAUGGAGAUAGUGUCCGGUCCGUACUGCUGGACGGAGAUUGAUCUGGAACACUGGUGCCGUAAAUGCUGCAUUGCUAAUCGUUCCCACUUGAUUGACCCGGUUGUCCGUAAAAUUGUUCGCCGGAGCAGGUCCACAUUCCGCCGACUUUCCACUUACCGUCUCGGCGAUGUCGGAUUCUCCUUUGCUGCUAGCCGUGGAAGAUGUCUCAAGACACUGCAAAUCCCUAUGUGUGAAGUCACUGACCAGGUGGUUGAAAAGCAUGUGAGGUUCUUGGCCAAUCUAACCUUCUUGGACAUCAGUUACUGUUUGAAGAUCACAGAGAAGGGUCUGAAAGCUUUCGGAACACAAUGCAAGUCCUUGACUCAUCUCCGAAGAAACAUGCCUCUUUGGGAGCUGCCCACCAGUGUUGAAGCUUCUGAUAUCAAUGAUCAGGAGGCGCUGAUUAUAGCGGAAACUAUGAAAGGUCUCCAGCGCCUUGACUUUGCUUUCAACCGGUUGAGCGAUACUGGCAUUGAGACUAUUCUCACCCAGUGUAAGGCACUAACACACCUUGAAAUCCAAGGGUGUUGGAAUGUGGAGCUGAAGGGUGAUCUUGAGGUAAGAUGUAAAAAGCUUGUAGACUUUCGGAGCCCUUGGAUCGAUGAACAUGAGGAUAACCUUGUUGAUUCCUCGGAUAAUGAAGAUGAAUCUGAUGAUGAGUCAAUCUACUCUGAAUCGCCCUCUUCAUCAGAUUUGGAUUAGAUGGUUGCAUUGCACCACCUUCUAAGUCUCUUUAUGCUGUUGUUUUGGGACCUUUUGGAUUCGUAUCUAUGCAGAUCACUGCGCGUAGACAUUCUAAAUAUGGGUUUUUGUUUGUCUUUGAGACAUGUUAUCAGUAAGAGUUGUAAACUCUAUGCUUGAAACUUGAAUUAGUACUUUAAGCUUUGCUAUGCUGUUUGAUGAAAUUACUAUAUGCUGCAAUGAACAUGUUACUUAU